GAAACUGGAGCCACCAUCAAGCUGUCUAAGUCCAAAGAUUUUUACCCAGGUGCUGACAGCUGCAGAAGAAAUUGUACAUGGUCCUGUACAGAAGGUAUUUCUCCACUGUGCCAUCUGCAGAGUGAAACUGACUAGGAGUGCUACAUAGACUGCACUACAGAACGGGUGUGUUUGAUCCAGGGAACAGUUGAAGCACUGAAUGCAGUCCAUGGCUUCAUUGCUGAAAAGAUUCGAGAAAUGCCCCAAAAUGUGGCCAAGACAGAACCAGUCAGUAUUCUACAACCUCAGACCACAGUUAAUCCAGACCGCAUCAAACAAACAUUGCCAUCUUCCCCAACUACCACCAAGUCCUCUCCAUCUGAUCCCAUGACCACCUCCAGAGCCAAUCAGGUAAAGAUUAUAGUUCCCAACAGCACAGCAGGUCUGAUAAUAGGGAAGGGAGGUGCUACAGUGAAGGCUAUAAUGGAGCAGUCAGGGGCUUGGGUGCAGCUUUCCCAGAAACCUGAUGGGAUCAACUUGCAAGAGAGGGUUGUCACUGUGAGUGGAGAGCCCGAACAAAACCGCAAAGCUGUCGAACUUAUCAUCCAGAAGAUACAAGAGGAUCCACAGAGUGGCAGCUGUCUCAAUAUCAGUUAUGCCAAUGUCACAGGUCCAGUGGCCAAUUCUAAUCCAACCGGAUCUCCUUAUGCAAACACUGCUGAAGUGUUACCAACUGCUGCAGCUGCUGCAGGGCUCUUAGGACAUGCUAACCUUGCUGGAGUUGCAGCCUUCCCAGCAGUUUUAUCUGGCUUCACAGGUAAUGACCUGGUGGCCAUCACCUCUGCACUUAAUACGUUAGCCAGCUAUGGAUAUAAUCUCAAUACAUUAGGUUUAGGUCUCAGUCAGGCAGCAGCGACGGGGGCUUUGGCUGCAGCAGCUGCCAGUGCCAACCCAGCAGCAGCAGCAGCCAAUCUGUUGGCCACCUAUGCGAGUGAAGCCUCAGCCAGUGGCAGCACAGCUGGUGGUACGGCGGGGACAUUUGCAUUAGGUAGCCUGGCUGCUGCUACUGCUGCAACCAAUGGAUAUUUUGGAGCUGCUUCUCCCCUAGCUGCUAGUGCCAUUCUAGGAACAGAGAAAUCCACAGAUGGAUCAAAGGAUGUAGUUGAAAUAGCAGUGCCAGAAAACUUAGUUGGUGCAAUACUUGGCAAAGGAGGGAAAACGUUAGUGGAAUACCAGGAGUUGACUGGUGCAAGGAUACAGAUCUCCAAAAAAGGAGAAUUCGUACCUGGCACAAGGAAUCGAAAGGUAACCAUUACUGGAACACCAGCUGCAACACAGGCCGCACAGUAUUUAAUCACACAAAGGAUCACAUAUGAGCAAGGAGUUAGGGCUGCCAACCCUCAGAAAGUGGGUUGAGCACCCUUGUUACACAUGAGAUUGUUUUAACCCCUCC